GCGAGGCCCGGGGUCGCCUCACCGCCCCGUGCCCGCACCACUUUCUGCUGCCGGGUUACUCCGCUACACUAACCCUGGCCUCUCCGCCUGCGGCGGCUCGUGCCGCCCGGCCCAGGGCUGUGGCGAGAGGGGAGAUGCUACAGCCCAAGGCCCGGAAGACCGCGUUCCUGGGCUGCGGGCAUCGCGGAAACUGAAAAUGGCCCUUCAGCUAUGCUAGGUCUAUAAUGGGAAGUGUCACAGUUCGAUAUUUCUGUUAUGGGUGCCUUUUUACAUCUGCGACCUGGACAGUCUUGCUUUUUGUUUAUUUCAACUUCAGUGAAGUGACUCAGCCAUUUAAGAAUGUGCCCAUCAAGGGGUCUGGACCUCACGGACCAUUUCCCAAAAAAUUCUAUCCUCGUUUCACUAGAGGUCCAAGUAGAAUGUUAGAUCCACAGUUUAAGCCAAACAGAAUUGAUGAUGUGAUAGAUAAUCAAGUUGAAGAUCCAGAAAAAGACCACCAGAAAUUCUCUUCUGAAUUGGGUAUGAUUUUCAAUGAGCGGGAUCAGGAGUUGAGAGACUUGGGCUAUCAGAAGCAUGCCUUUAAUGUGCUCAUUAGUAACCGCCUGGGCUACCACAGAGACGUGCCCGACACGAGGAAUGCAGCAUGUAAAGAGCAGUCGUACCCAGCCGACCUGCCAGUAGCUAGUGUUGUUAUCUGUUUCUACAAUGAAGCUUUCUCUGCCCUGCUCCGGACCGUACACAGUGUGCUGGACCGAACACCUGCCUACCUGCUCCAUGAAAUCAUCCUUGUGGAUGACGACAGUGACUUUGAUGAUUUAAAAGGAGAACUUGAUGAGUAUGUCCAAAAGUCCCUCCCCACAAAGAUUAAAGUCAUCAGAAAUGCAAAGCGAGAGGGGUUGAUUCGUGGAAGAAUGAUUGGAGCAGCCCACGCUACAGGAGAAGUCCUCGUGUUCCUGGACAGCCAUUGCGAGGUGAAUGAGAUGUGGCUGCAGCCCCUGCUGGCCACCAUCCGCGGGGACCCACACACAGUGGUGUGCCCGGUGAUUGACAUCAUCAGCGCCGACACGCUGGCCUACAGCUCAUCUCCUGUCGUGCGGGGCGGAUUCAACUGGGGGCUGCACUUCAAGUGGGACCUCGUUCCGCUCUCUGAGCUGGGAGGAGAGGAUGGGGCCACUGCACCGAUCAAGUCCCCUACAAUGGCUGGAGGACUGUUUGCCAUGAACAGGCAGUAUUUCAACGAGCUCGGUCAGUACGACAGUGGCAUGGAUAUCUGGGGAGGAGAGAACCUGGAAAUAUCAUUUCGGAUCUGGAUGUGUGGGGGGAAACUCUUCAUCAUCCCCUGCUCGAGGGUGGGACACAUCUUCCGGAAGAGGCGGCCCUACGGCUCUCCCGAGGGCCAGGACACCAUGACACACAACUCCCUGAGGCUGGCGCACGUCUGGCUGGAUGAGUACAAGGAUCAGUAUUUUUCUUUGAGACCUGACCUCAAGACCAAAAGCUACGGGAACAUCAGCGAGCGUGUAGAGCUGCGGAAGAGGCUGGGCUGCCGGUCAUUCAAGUGGUAUCUGGAUAACAUCUACCCGGAAAUGCAGGUCCAGGGGCCCAAUGCCAAAGCCCAGCAGCCCGUCUUCGUUAACAGGGGGCCCAAGCGCCCCAGAGUCCUGCGGCGUGGACGGCUCUAUCACUUUCAGACCAACAAAUGUCUGGUGGCCCAGGGACGCCCAAGCCAGAAGGGCAGCCUCGUGGUGCUCAAGGCCUGUGACUACAGAGACCCGGCUCAGGUCUGGAUUUAUAAUGAAGAGCACGAGUUGGUUUUAAAUAACCUCCUUUGUCUGGACGUAUCAGAAACUCGCUCAUCAGACCCACCUCGCCUCAUGAAGUGCCAUGGAUCUGGGGGAUCGCAGCAGUGGACCUUUGGGAAAAACAACUGGCUGUACCAGGUGUCAGUCGGACAGUGCCUGACGGUGGUGGACCCCUUGGGCCAGAAGGGCUCUGUUGCUAUGGCGAUCUGCCACGGCUUCCCCUCACAGCAGUGGCAUCUGGAAGGUUAGGGGCUCUGGUGGGCUGUGCCUUGCUGCUGUACCCUGGGGACUUUGGAAAGAAUGUGCUGGGCUGGGGAAGCCAUACCUGCCUGGGUAGGGACAUCAGGGUCCUUUUGAGCUGCUGCAGGGAAUUUCCCAUUUCCAGAGGGAACUUGGAAAUCAUCUGACUUCUGAAUUGUUGAGUUUGCAUAGAAGGCCAAAGGCAGGAUGCGGGCAUUUCUGGUCAUAUUUAUUGAUGCUUCUUUUUAGUCCCCAUUACUGAUGGAGUGGUUUUAAUCUGAUCUGAAAAUUAUAAUUUGCUUAGAAGACUUGAGAGUUUUUCCUAUUAUGUUAUAAGAAACAACUUAAAAAAUGGUUGACACACAUUAAACUUCGUGAGACAUCACAGUAUUUAAGAGGCAGUCACCUGGUCUAAAUUAUUUCGAUGACUUCUAGCACUACAGACAUUUGAAAUAAAAAGAUCCUUUUGAUCGUUUCGGA